CAGCUUACUUGACAUUCAUUUCCUUCCCUUUCUUGGAAAUAUUCAAAUUCUUGAAAUCGCAGCUUACUUGACAUUCAUUCAAGAAUCAGCUCGUUUCUAUCAAGAAUUUGGCUUUAGACGUUCCCAUAUAGCGAGGAUCUGCAAAUGGCAAGGACUGGUUUGGUGGUGUUUAAUCAGGAGUAUCCUGACUACUACAUGUGCAAGUCGUGUCGAACGCAUAUUGCCUUGGCAGAAGACUUCAUCUCCAUCGAUGCAGAUACUGAACUAAUUGGCGCAACGUUUGAUAAAGCUGUGAACCUGCGAGUCGACGGACCAGUUCACCACAGGGAAGUUGCUGGCAAGACAGUUGUUGAUAUCUACUGUGUCAACUGUGAUGAUAAGUUGGGCUGGAGAUAUAUUCAUGUUAAUGGGGAGGAGAUUGCUCUUGAAGAUGACAACGUGAGGCUAAGAAUGAAAAAACUCGUGAGGAAGUAUAGCAAUCAGAUUCUGGAUGCAGAAACCAUGUCUCCAGUCCGUGAAGAUCCAUAAUACUGUCUGCAGUAAGAGUCUUGAGAGGAUGGAUAGAUUGAAGAACUUAGCUGAAGUUCGUCUACAGUCAUAAAUUUUACUUUUCACUGAAUUUAGACUUUAUUCCUUCACAUUCAGACUCUGUAUUUUUCGAUUCUUGCAGAGGAAAACCCUCGUUGCAGCAAAGCUUAUCCUCUUACAGAUUGUGUUUUCAAAUUUGAAUUGAGAUAGUAUAUCCGAAACAGUUUUCAGGUUAAACUUUCUUCUUC